AUGCGAGUCUCAAGCAAGGCUCAAGGCAAGCAGCCAUGGCGUCCGAUCCAUCUUCUUGUCGUCCUAGGAAGCGGAGGACACACUGAAGAGAUGCUCUCCAUGUUAAGACAUGCUCAACUAGACCCUGCUUGCUACGCCAGACGCACAUACGUCGUCAGUUCAGGAGACUCAUUCAGCGCCAGGAAGGCCGUCGAGUUCGAGAAGAGCCUCGAAAACGGUAGACAGACCGACAAGACGGAGGGAGACCAAGUCCAGCAAGCAGCCUACACUAUCGUGACGGUCCCUCGCGCGAGAAAAGUGCAUCAAUCUUUCCUGACGGCGCCAUUGUCUACUCUGCAAUGCCUCGGAUUCUGCAUGCUGCUGCUCACAGGAAGACAUCCCGAGCAGCUCACCGCCACCUCAGGCGCCAGCACAGGAUAUCCCGACAUCAUACUCACCAACGGGCCCGGGACGGGAGUUUGCAUCGUCGUUGCCGCCCGUCUCCUCCGCCUGUUUGACUACCUGGUAUACCGCAUCGUACCUCAAGGCGGAUCAAACAUCACCGCUCCAUCCGAUCCCACAUCCACGUCCACGUCCACGUCCACUCUCGACUGCGAGCCCGAGUCCAAUUCCCAAUGCGGACCUCGAUCACAACGCCGUGGAACCCCACGAUAUCUACGAACGAUAUUCAUCGAGUCCUGGGCCCGCGUGACUACCGUCAGUUUGUCGGGAAAGAUCCUUUUCCCUCUCGUCGACCGAUUUCUGGUACAGUGGGAUGGCCUGGCUGGUUACUCAGGGUGGUUUGGAUUUGGUAGAAAGGCCGAAUAUGUUGGGACGUUGCUGAGUUAG